AGGGCAGCUGGGCCACGCAAUAGUAAUGUGAUGUAACUUGCUGAAGGGUGGGCUUUUUGGAGUGAGAAAGGGAGGCGAUAAGAUGGGGUGUUGUACAAAGGGCCCGCGGUGGUCUUGUUACAUAACGUCGACGAGAACCGCCCCUCACUUCAGGGAAUAAUAUUACGCAACUUUCCCCACACCGUUUAGUCCACAAGGCGCGUGUUUGCCAAAGAAGACGACAGCAUGUCGAGCACCAAGAUCGCGUCGGCUCUCCGCCUUUUCCCGAGGCGAUGCAGGUCCACGGCGGCGUCCACCAAGAGCCAGCGGCUGGAGAAGGAGCAGGACGGAUGCGCGGUGGUGGAAGCGGACCCCGUGGAGCUCAUCAGCCAGAGCGGCAAGGCGCCAAAAGAUGGAGAAAAGCUGAGCAAAAUCCACAUCGACUUCAACAACACGGAGGAAGCUUACAAAAGUAAGGACAACGUCGAGCUGCUGAGGAGCCUGCUGGUCUUCAAGCUGUGCACCAUUGACGUGCUGGUGGAGAAGAACCGGGAGUUAAUGGAGCUGAGCAAGAAGCUUCUGGGUCAGCGGUUGUUCGAGAAGCUGAUGAAGAUGACCUUCUACGGACAGUUUGUGGCCGGGGAAGACCACAACGCCAUCAAACCCCUCAUCCAGAAGAAUCAGAUCUUUGGCGUGGGCGCCGUGCUGGAUUACAGCGUGGAAGAGGACUUGACGAAAGAGGAGGCGGAAAAGAAGGAGAUGGAUUCAUGUCUGUCUCAGGCCGAGAAAGAAAGUCCAGAUGCUGAACACCGUGAGAAGAAGUACAAGGCCCAUCGGCAGUUCGGGGACAGGCGCGGUGGCGUCAUCAGCGCCCGCACAUACUUCUACGCAGACGAGGUCAAAUGUGACAACCAGUUGGAAACUUUCAUCAACUGCAUCAAAGCCUCAGGCGGCGCCUCUGCAGAUGGCUUUUCGGCCAUCAAAAUGACAGCCUUGGGACGCCCACAAUUCCUUCUCCAGUUUUCCGAGGUCUUGGUCAAAUGGAAGCAGUUCUUUAAGUUCCUGGCAGCACAGCAGGGCAAAUCGGAAAUGACGACGUUGGAGCAAAAGCUGGAGCCGGAACAACUCAAGGAAAGUUUGACCAAGCUGGGUGUUGCUGCCAAGGACGACAUUGAAAACUGGUUCACUGGAGAGAAGCUGGGUCUGUCGGGGACCAUAGAUAUGCUGGAUUGGAACAGUUUAAUCAACGAUACAACAAAAAUCUCCAACCUUCUUAUGGUGCCAAACCUUGAGACGGGCCAGCUGGAACCUUUUCUGAACAUGUUUACAGCUGAGGAGGAGCGACAAAUGAAGCGAAUGCUGCAAAGAGUGGACGUUCUGGCUAAUUACGCCGUGGAAAACGGCGUGCGGCUCAUGGUGGACGCCGAGCAGACGUACUUCCAGCCAGCUAUUAGUCGCCUGACGCUGGAAAUGCAGAGGAAGUUCAACAGAGAGAAGCCAAUCAUAUUCAACACGUAUCAAUGCUACCUGAAGGAAGCCUACGAAAACGUGACAGUGGACGUGGAGUUGUCGCGCAGGGAGGGCUGGUACUUUGGCGCCAAACUCGUCCGGGGCGCCUACAUGUACCAGGAAAGGGCCCGAGCCGAGGAGAUCGGCUACGAGGACCCGAUAAACCCCGACUACGAGGCCACCAACAGGAUGUACCACAAGUGUUUGGAGUACUUGCUGGAGGACAUCGACCACAGCCGCAAAGCAAACAUCAUGGUUGCCACUCAUAACGAGGACACGGUGAAAUUCACCUUAAAAAUGAUGAACGAGAUGGGCCUAUCACCCACUGAGAAUAAAGUCUACUUUGGGCAGCUGCUUGGCAUGUGUGACCAGAUCAGCUUCCCCCUAGGUCAGGCGGGCUUCCCGGUCUACAAAUACGUCCCGUACGGUCCUGUCAACGAGGUCAUCCCGUAUUUGUCCCGCCGCGCUCAGGAGAACCGCGGCUUCAUGAAAGGCUCGCAGAGAGAGCGCAGCCUGCUGUGGAAGGAGCUGAAGCGCAGGCUGCUGGGGGGGCAGAUCCUCUACCGCCCCGUCUACUGAGUCACAUGACCGCCCUCAGGCGUCCGUGACUCACUACACUACUAACUCUUUUUCCCAACAACUGGAUUCGGGUUGUUUCUUGCAAGUAUAUUUAUUCUACUCUGCUGUGAAAAUCACAAAUCUUCACUUUUGUGUUGUU